AAAUGUCAUAAGAAUAACUUAAAAACUACAUGAGUGAGUCUAUUUCUUCUACAAAUGCAUUAAAGGAAACUACAUCUUGGCAAGAUGAUGUAUUCUCUAAGGUGAAGGGAUCUGACAAGAAAGGGAGGGUUCGCUGCUUAAGGAAGGUCCUAACUUCCAAAAAAUCUAUCCCUUCCACGGUUGCAAACUACAAUGUUGAGGAAAGGUUGAGCGAGGUGGAGAAUAUGUUGAGUGGAUUAAUGCAGCUAAUGAAGGCAAGAUUCUCGGACGAGAAUAUCACAGAUAUUCUACAAGUUGCCAACCAAUUAAGUGCUGUCAACAGAUUGGAUAGGGAGGUUCUGAAUGCUAAUAGUGGGCAAGGCUUUUCCCCAAAUAAUCAUUCCUCUUCACAACCAAGCCAUCACCUUUUGUCUCACCAAAAUGAAAGGUCAAAAGUGUUUCUGGGUAUGAAUCUUAGUAACAGGAAAGGAUCCAUCUCCAUGGCUAGUCCCAGCGCCUAUUGGAGGGCUGGAGAUGGCAUUCCCAAUCAAUUUCCGGUGGGUCUGAGGGUUCUAGUUGUUGAUGAUUAUCCGACAUGUCUCGUGAUCUUGGAGAAGAUGCUUAGGAAAUGUCUUUAUGAAGGUAGGCUUGUGUUUCUUACAUGUUUUUCUCCUCUCUUUGAUCUCAAUUUUCUCUUCAAGAUGGCUUGUUUCUUUUCUUCUUUUAAGGAUGUUUAUUACUUGUAAAAGUAUAAUUUCUUGUGUUUUUCUAGUUUCUGUUGGAUUUUUGUUUCUGGGUUUUCAAUAAGAGAAAGAAAGGAAUGAAGCUUCUUUCUCAUAUUUGGGAACUGUAUGAAAUCUUCAAUACUUUCAGCCUUAAUUAUGUUCUGAAUCAAAUCAUGGGUUACGACAAUGUUCUGUUGUAACUUUGUCUUGUUCAAAAGAGGUCAAUUUGAGUUCUGAUUUGUUUGUAUGUGUUAAAGAAUGUGUUUUCUUGUGAACGUGUGUUGGUUUAUGGUCUUCUAAUUUGUUCUAAAUGAAUGUGUGAUAUGGAUGGUUCAUAUAACUAGUGACAUGCUUAUGAUAUGCAUUUUCUUGUUAUUAUUAAUUGUCUUAUGGGUGAAUUACUGCAAUUUCUAUGGAGGAACUUAUAGGAGGUUAGACUUGCUUUUAUUAUGUGCUGUAGAAUUAUAGCUGAAUUCUUCACUCACUUCUUAGUAUUUUAAGUCUUGCAAUUUUUGCAUAACUGGUUUGUUUGUUAAAGGUUUAAACUUUUGAUUACAAUUUUUUUUUAUUGAGCCAUAGGGAUGGGGAUUGCCUGAGUUGAGUCUGAAGUGAGGACAUGAACUUUUGUUUUUAGGUUUUAAUCUGUUAAUGAGCUAGUUCUCUUUUCGAGAACAAUAUUCUAUAGCUUUGGUUGUUCAAGCUUUUAUCUUUUGUUUGUUUUUCAUGGAUUUUGGUUUGUGCAUGUUUGUUGCUUUGUGUUUUCUAUUUUUCCACUCCAUUUUCAAAUAAAUUGAGAUUUUUUUA